GCGCCGCCUGCCCAAAGAAGCCGCCGAGCGCACCAUGCCGGGAGCCGGGACUUUGGCGCUGCUCUGCCUCGCCCUGGCCGCGCUGCUCAGCCCGCCCGCCGACGCCUGGUACAAGCAGACGGCCGGACCCAGCUACUACUCGGUGGGCAGGGCGUCGGGGCUGCUGUCCGGCAUCCGCCGCUCGCCCUACAUGCGCCGCUCCGACGACACCGACAGCAGCAGCACCAGCGCCGAGAGCGGCCCCAGCGCCGCCGCCGCCUCCUUCUUGAUGUCCGAGGCGCGCCCAAACCCUAGCGGGCUGCGCAACAUGGCGGUGUGUGUGAAGGAGGUGGCCCCGGAGCUGCAGAGCUGCCAGCUGCUGCCUGGCUUGCCCAGCGUCAUCCAGUGCAAAGCCGAUGUCACCGUCUCGCUGGACCCCGCCGACUGCGCCAGCGCUUGAGCCCCGACGGGGCGUCCUUCCCCCUGGAGCCCGGAGCGGGGCAUCCGGACGGGGCGAGGAGAGGGAGGGAGGCGGAGGCAGCGGAGGGGGUUGCUCUCUAGCCAAAGCGACCGACUCCGUCCGGGAGUGUGUGUUUUCCCCCCUCCUGCAUCUCAUAAUAAAGGCGCU